UAUUGAAUAGAUGGACCAGGAAACAGAAUGAAAUACGAUCAAAAUUACAUCCAGUUUCCCCUAGAAGUCAAACUAUGAAGCACUUUAUAGUCUGUAAACUAAGCAGCAGAGAGAUUGGUCAUGUUCCUCUAGAUUGUGGUUGGCCCAGUUGGGCACUGCUUGGUGUAGCAACUCCGUUCUGCACUAGAUGACUCUGCUUAGUUUAAUGGGGUUGAUCACUGUGGUGCAUGUGUGGUGCAUGUGUGUAUGCGCAUAUGUGGGAGGGGAAAAUGGUGUCAGCCAGCUACCCAGUCUCUAGUAUCAGAACUCUAUGCUCUCCCUGACUGGCAAUCAAGCACCCUUCCUUUGUCUCUGGCUUCUGUUCACUCCCCAUUUCUCCACUGUCUGUGACCAAGCUGUCAGCUUGCCAGAGGACACCUCCCUCCCAAAUUUUAUCUCAGAUAGGGCAAUGUUUACAAACUCCCCAUUUCUGAGGGCCAAGCAGCUUUGACCCUCUCAGACCCUCUGGGGGAGGGUCCACCAAGCAAUGUCAUGGUGCCCGCCCACCCCUGGUACGUUUGUGUGACCGUGCUGCCGCAGAUGCCCAGAGAUUGUGGCCAGGUGCCCCAGAAAAUGUUGGUGUGAUUGUGUAGUAGCAGCAUUUCAGGGAUUAUGGUAAAUCACAGCACCCAUCUGGCACCAGGCUUCACCCUUACCAUCCUUGUUCCAACAGCAGCAAUGUGGCUGUUCUCCAGGGUCUGCUGGGACCUUUGCCUGUGGCGAGGCUGCAAGGCCUCUACCAAAUAUCCUCCCAGCAGAGAAAUUGCCUCUCCCCGUGUGGCCUGAGGACCCCUCGGACCUUGCUGUCUGUUUCCCUCCCCACCAGAGCUCUCCCAGGUAUCGAGCUGUGGAGUUUCAGACUCUAUGCUCCCCUGUUUAUAGCCUCUUCAUGAAAUUGAAACCCUCUCCUUUCUCUCUUCUCCCUGUUUUUGUUCAGUCCCCUCCUUCUCUUUCUCUCCAGCUGCUUUUUUGUUUGGCAGUGCUUCUCCUAUACUCUCCCCCAUCUCCAUUCUCUCUCCACAAGCAAAAACAGCUCCCUGCCCUCCAUGGCUUCUCUCUUCCCCAGUUCACCUCUCCACGUUGUGUACCUGACAAAUUCCGUGGUUCAAGUUGUGCAGAUUGUUGUGUUAUUCCUCAGAUCAGGUUUCUAGAUAUGCAAGACGGUUUGGUGUUGAUUUAGUUGCAUUUCAGUGAGGAGAGAGGCAAAAAACUUUCCAUGCUCCUCCGCCAUCUUGGCCUCUCCCCAACAUUGCCUUAGAAUGUAUCCACUGAUACAGGAGGCCUUGAGCUCCUCUCUCUCUUAUUUACAUCCCACUCCUACACCCGUUGUGUUACCUGCUCUGCUCACAACUUUGUCUUUUCUAUUGCCUGAUGGUUUUGGGUGAGCUCUUGACUCAAGGUCUUUGCACAUGCGAUUUCUCUGCCUUAACUGGUUUUCUCAAAGUUAUCCACAUGGUUCAUGCAUCCCUGAGUUUUCCAGCUCAGAAGCCCCUGAUCAGUCAUGACACAAAGGCAGGUUUUCCUUCCACUUAGGACUACUGUGUCCCGAACUUUUUUCCUUAUUAGUUGUAACCACCACCUGAAACACCAUUUAUUCCUUUAUUAAUAUUCUGUUCCUCCCUCUGACACACACACAUAUUAGACUGUCUUGUUAAGGUGAAACACACAUUCCUACUGCAUUUGUGCAAUGCUGUUAAAAAUACUUGUCACAAGAUAAUGUGUUAAAUUUUCUCAGGUGGAAAAAAAAAGGUCCCAGGAAAUUUAUGGAGGAGAACAUUGCUUUGGAUAAUUGUUUUGACUCAGAACAAGAAUUGUGAACAGUUUAAGACUCAUGGAAAACAUGGAUAUUUGAGAGUCCCUGAAAUUUUCUGGUGUAUAUUCUAGAUUGGUAGGGAGUGUGUAAGAAUUAAUGAAUGAAGCAUUUUGAAAAGACAGCAUUUCUUGUAAUUCUGUGAUCAUGCUGCUGCCUUUCCAAUGUUCUUGUCUCUGUUCCAGCCAUUUUCAUCAAUUACAUGGAAGGAAGAAAUCAAACUCAUGUUACGGAAUUUAUCCUCUUGGGACUCUCAGACCAGGGGGCGCUGCAGUCACUGCUCUUUUGGCUGUUCCUGUCCUUGUACUUGGUCACCUUCACUGGGAACCUGUUCAUGAUCCUGGCCAUUAUCACAGACUCCUGCCUCCACAUGCCCAUGUACUUCUUCCUCUCCAACCUGUCCUUUUCAGACAUCUGUUUCACCUCCACCACCAUCCCAAAGAUGCUGCUGAACAUCCAGACGCAGAGCAGAGGGAUCUCCUACAAAGGUUGCCUCAGCCAGAUGUACUUUUUCAUGCUUUUUGCAGGAAUCGACAACCUCCUCUUAACAGUGAUGGCCUAUGACCGGUUCGUGGCCAUCUGUCACCCAUUGCGCUACAUGGUCAUCAUGAACCCCAAGUUCUGUGGCAUCCUGCUUCUGGGAUCCUGGUUAUUGAGUGUUCUUGUUUCUCUGUUACAUGACUUACUGAUUUUGCGACUCUCUUUUUGCGCAGAUCUGGAAAUCCUUCACUUUUUCUGUGAACUUAAGCAGGUGAUCCAACUUGCUUGCUCUGAUACCUUCCUCAAUGACCUGGUAAUGUAUUUGUCAAGUGGACUUCUGGGUGUUGUUCCACUCACUGGCAUCCUCUCCUCUUACUCUAGAAUUGUAGCCUCCAUCUUGAGAAUUUCAUCAGUGAAAGGCAAGUAUAAAGCAUUUUCCACGUGUGGGUCUCAUCUCUCAGUUGUGUUCUUGUUCUAUGGUACAAGCCUUGGUGUAUAUUUUAAUUCUGCUGCUUCACAAACCUCCAGCACAGGUGCCAUAGCCUCAGUAAUGUACACAGUGGUGAUGCCCAUGCUGAACCCCUUCAUCUAUGGUCUCAGGAACAGAGACAUCAAGCAAGCCCUGAGAAAGCUCUUUAGCCGAGAAACAUUGUCUGCAUGUAGGAUUCUUUGUUUCAGGAUAAAGACUUGAGUAACAGGGCUUAAAACUCUAGAAGAGCUUGAUCAUGAUAUUUGUAUCAGUUCAUAGGCUGGAAAUGUGCAGUUUAUAUUCUUACCUUAUUAGUUAGCUGAAGUUUUUCAUACAUCACAAGCAACUAUUUUUUUGUAGCUCUUUAAAGCUUAUUUAUUUUGAAAGGGAGAGCAUGAGUAGGGAGAGGCAGAGGGAGAUUGAUGGAAUAUCCCAAGACAUGUCCAUGCUGUCAGCGCAGAGCCUGAAAUGGGGCUCAAUGUCACAAAUUGUACGAUGUUGACCUGAACCAUCAUCGAGAGUUGGACUCUUAUCUGACUGAGCCACCCAGGAACCCCACUUCUGCAUUUCUUUAAAAUUGUUUAGGACACUCAUUAAAUUCCAUUGCAUGGAGUUUUAGGAAAA